AUUGCUUCUCAAGUGCGUAUGGUUUGAACAAGUAAACAUCUUUGAAAGUUGAAAAACAUCAUGAACCAUCUUCUUUCAAUAUCUCAACUAAAUUUAUCACCAAUCCCUUAGAAACUUCACCACAAAUGCUCUAAUGCACUUCCAGUUCCUCACAUGCCUCAUAAUCCUUUUCCUGUAUCUUCCCUCGCUGUAUUUCUGCGAUCCUCGGAUCACAGAGGCUGCUCGAAUAUGUGGAAAAUCCGAGCCCCUGAAUACUCUGAUCGUCCCGAUUUUUGUAGAAGAAACACGACAACUUUUGGAGCUCAUCAGAGACGACAAUUGGGGCCAGUAUUUGCUCAAUACUUCUGAUGAACCCAUGUAUGGAUUAGCUCAAUGUUAUCAAGAUCUUUCUAAGUCGGAUUGCUUGUCCUGUUACGCUGCUAUUCGAACACGAAUACCAAGCUGUCUUCCUGCUCUGUCAGGUAGAUUGUAUCUUGAUGGAUGCUUCAUGCGUUACGAUACUUAUGAAUUUUAUAAUGAGAGUUUGGACAGUGCUAGAGAUUCCGUGAAUUGUAGUGGUGGUGUAAUUAGGAAUGAGGACAAGGUGGUGGAGUUUAAUGAGAGUGUUGGACUUUUGAUUGGUAAGAUUGUUGGAGAUGAUGUUUGGAAGAAAGGAUUCGGAGUUGGGGAAGUUGAGGGUGUGUUCGGUUUGGCUCAGUGUUGGAAGAGUUUGAGCAAGGAGGGUUGUAGGAAGUGUUUGGAGAAUGCUGGAGAUAAGGUCAGAGGGUGUUUGCCGAGUAGAGAGGGGAGGGGGAUGAAUGCUGGUUGUUACUUGAGGUAUUCGGAUUUUAAGUUUUUUAAUCAAGAUGGACAUGACAAUAACAAUGGAGGUUCUGGGGCUCUUAGCACAGGAGCUAUUACCGGCAUUGCUAUAUCUGCAUCUGCAUUCUUAAUCCUGUUACUUGUUGCAGCUUAUGUUUACCAUACAAGAUCGCCAAAAAGAGGAAGGAGAAGCCUCGACCAUAGAAUGACAUUUAAUAGGGCCAGUUUGACAUACAAAUAUGACAUUCUUGAGAAGGCAACAGAUUAUUUUAGUCAAUCAAUGAAACUAGGAGAAGGGGCAUCGGGUACUGUUUACCAAGGAACGCUGCCUGAUGGAUAUAUUGUCGCAGUUAAGAGAUUAUUUUUCAAUACUAAUAGACAAUGGGCAGAUGAGGUCUUCAACGAGGUCAACCUGAUAAGCGGAAUUCAGCACAAGAACCUUGUGAAACUUUUGGGUUGCAGCAUUGAAGGUCCGGAGAGCCUUUUAGUUUAUGAAUAUGUUCCCAACAAAAGCCUUGACCAAUUCCUUUUUGCAGAUAGGAGCAGCAAUAGUGUAUUGAGCUGGAAACAAAGGUUUGACAUUAUACUUGGAACAGCUGAAGGGCUUGCACAUCUUCAUGGAGGUUCUGAUAUAAGAAUAAUCCACAGAGACAUCAAGAGUAGCAAUGUUCUCCUCGACGAGAAUUUCACUCCAAAGAUUGCUGAUUUUGGACUGGUUCGUUGUUUUGGAGCUGAUAAGACUCAACUGAACACUGGAAUUGCAGGAACAUUAGGCUAUAUGGCCCCUGAAUAUCUUGUACGUGGCCAACUUACUGAGAAGGCCGACGUUUAUAGCUUUGGGGUGUUAGUUUUUGAGAUAGUAUGUGGCAGAAAAAAUGUAGCUUUCGUAGAUGAUACAGGCUCCCUUAUUCAAACAAUUUGGAAGCUCUACAAGGCCAAUAAACUGACUGAAGUCGUUGAUCGUCGUCUUGAUGAUGAUUUUCCAGUAAGAGAUGCACUAAAAAUUCUGCAGAUUGGGCUCUUAUGUGCACAAGCUUCGCCUAUUAUAAGGCCGUCUAUGGAUGAAGUGGUCCAGAUGCUGAUCAGUAAAGAUUGUGAAGUUCCGAUUCCUAGUCAACCUCCUUUUCUGAGUGCAAAAUUGGAGGGCUCAGCUAGCUCUGGAAGGUCUUAUAGCACUGACACUAGCACGUUGAUCUCAAGUGCACUGGAUAAAAAAGAAAACGACAUUUCAUACGAUUCCACAUAUUCUUCGGGCGUGCCGAUUAAUGAAUUAUCAUUAAUCAGGAGGUGAGUUCAUGUAACAGUAACACUGACUCUGUAUUGAAGAGAACUGCUGCAUCAAUGUCAACAUGUGUUGAGUUUGUACAGAAACCACUCUGAAAAAUGUAUAGAAAUUAGAAUGUACAGAAGAUAAAAAAGCAAUUCUGCUUCUUGCAGCAUGCACAUAACAGCAAGAAAUGAAAAAUGAUAUUAC